AUGAUGCACAUUAGUCAGUCAGUUGUCCCUGAGCCAACCCUGCUGGACAUAUCUAGAUUCGAAAAUCCCAGCCUGCAUUUCCCGCAAUCCCAGACCAUCCUCACGGCUGCAAAGCCCGACGAUCUCAGGCGUACACAAGACUUGAUAGAUCACCGUGCGCCGGACUUCGUUCGACACUAUCUUCCUAGUUGGCAACAACACGGUAUUUUCUCCACGUUAAGGUCAUGCCUUGAUGAAGAGACCCUGCAAAAACCCACCACCAUCCCAUUGCACAUUCUGCGAUUUGCGCAGGAAGCGCAGUAUCGCUUAGUUCAGAUUAGCCAAUACCUUCAACUUGUGAGACGUAUUCACCUAUUGAAGAUAGAGCGGAAGAAAGUCCUGAAUCCUCAGUGGCAAAAAGGGCAACGUGUGGAUUCUCUGGCAUCUACUAUCCUUAUGAGGGAGAUUUACCAUGACUGGGAUACUCUUGACGACAAGCUACAGGCCGAGAGGAGGUUGCGAUUUCGAAGGGAGAACCGAGAAGCCAGGAAAUGGUUGCUAGCAGCAUCUAGAUUGUCUUUUGGAGUCCUUAUCAUCUGUGGUAGGACACUGGAGAAGCUACUCACUAAGCAGUCCACUGAGGGCCAAACCCUCUCGGCGGCAGUCCAAAUCGCACAAGACUUUCCUGCCGUAGUUGAAACGUACCGUCUUGUUGACACGACUGUCAGAGGUCUCCUAAACCAGGAGAGGGCGGGGACCGAUAUCAACACUAAGAUGAUUAUAGGGCAGAUUAGACAUCACCUUCAGUCCACACAGGAAACCACCACCCCUUACCGUGAACUUUCUGCAUCUUCUCACGCCGAUUUGUCAACAACCCAAACAUCACUCGACCUCGAUCUUGCGGCAGCUGCAAUGGAAGGGAUUCUUGACUCUGCUGACAGCAGUUGA